UUACUGCACUUUACAUAGAGACAUUUAGAGAGUGUUAGAGAGUGUUAGAGAGUUUAAUGACCUAGUCGACACAGGUCGUAAAAAAUAAGAAUAUAAACUAUUCAAACGCAUUAAGUUAUUAUAAUAAAUUAUUUAGUUGAAUUAUUAUCAAUUAUUAUGGCUGAACGUGAAAAUAACUCAGCUUGGAUCGAGAUUCAUAUCAAAGCUGAAACAAAGACGGAAGAUAUAUUGGCAAUUUUACACAAUGAAAAUGGUGGUUAUGUGAACUCGUUUAGAGAUACUUUCAACAAUAUUUUAUUUGUCGAGAUGACUAAUCUUGAAACUGCUGUUAAUUUGAUUGAUUACAAGUUAAAUGGAGAGCACGUGGUUCAUCUUGCACCUUUUGCUAAACAUAUAUUAAUUAAAAAUUUACCUGAAUGGAUUAAUAAUGAUCAAUUGCAACAAGCAUUUCAAGUAUUUGGAAUAAUUCAAAGUUCACGUCUUGCGACAGACCUUGUCAACAAUCCUCAAGGGGAAGCUGUCAUUGAAUAUGCAGAUUACAAAUCCUCUGUUGCUGCUGUGGAAACGUGUAAAAAAAACAUUUUUCACAUGAAUGAUGAGGCAAUUAUACCUGUGGAUGCUGAUCACAUCUUUAAAAAAUUUGUUCCAGAUGAAACUGUUGUUCAAUUUAAUCCUCGCGUCUGGGAAGAAGGCACACACCAGCACCGCGAAGGAAGUAUUGUUAAGCAAACUUUGAAAAUUCACGAACAACGCACAGAUCUUUUAAAUACUCAGCUAAAAAAUGAUCUGAAACACAUCGAAGAUAGAAGAAUCUUAUUAAAUGAUUAUAAUGGUAAUACAGAAGAAGAUUUAACUGGUAAAAAUGUCCUAUAUUAUUUUGCUAAUAGAAAUCCUGUACCUGAAAUUCAAGAAAACAUAGAUAUUGUAAUGGAUGUGGUUAACUACGAAAUAAUUGAUCAUAAUGAUGAGAUAGAAGAAGAAAUACCCAAUGGAAAUAUUGAAAAUUAAGUGAUCAUUAAAUUGUCUUUUUUUUCGAUUAACAUGUAAUUUAUUAUUAUUAUUAUAAAUUAUUAUUAUCGUUAGUUAAAUUGAAGUAGGUCUAUUUAAAACAAGACCCACCAAUUCCUAGAUCAAGAAAAAAAAAAUUAAAAAAAAAAAACAAACAAUAAUAAUAAUUGAUAUUUAAAAAAAAAAAAAAAAAACUAUAAUAAUAUCUAGAGUUUUUCAUCAUUGUAUUCAUGUUUAGUAUUAUCAAGAAUUAAUAAUUGAUGAUUGUAAUGGAUAAUUUUGUUGUUGAUGCUGUUGUUGAACUAGCCAUAUGAAUAAAUUUUUCACUACAAAAUG